CUUAUCUGACGCAAAAUUCAGCCUUUUGUGUGUUGUCGUUUCGCGAUAGGUAUUGAGUAUUGCUGCGCGCUGUCCGACGAUUUUUCUUCUCUACAAAACACACGAACAACGAAUAAACAAUAAAACCAUACAAGAUCCUCUCCAAUUGGGGUUGUUUUUAUUGUUUCCCAGCCAUGGAUGCUUCACCGUCUAUCUCAAAUCUAUCGUGGCGAGGACCUACGUCGAAAUUCUGGCGUUAGUCUGGCAAUUAUAAUACAUAAUCAUGCAAUCAUGAAGUCCGAGAUCCAGUUUGUUCGUGGAAAAAUUAAAUUGCAUAGAUGAGUAUAGUGAAAUACAAUUUUUAUGGAUGCAUUGACGCCUGAUAUUAGGAUAUCAAAGUCUAGUCGGAGUUUUUCUCCUUCACAAAAUCCAAUGCCUAAAAUGGCUAAUAAACCAUGGAAUGCUGCUACUUUUUCGGCUGAUGAAAUUGCUAUGAGCCGAUGUAAAUCACCUGUGGGGUCAUCGGGAAGUAUUCGAGUGGUCCGCCAUGAACGGGGAGGAUCUGCGGAUACUGGACUUAUUAGACCUGAUAAUUUAUCAAGUUAUGCAUCUAGUGAAGAACCCAACCCAUCUGGCAACAAUGAAGAUGAUGGUGAUUUAUUUUAUUCAUAUGGUGGAUACAAUGGUGCUGAACUUGCUGAUGAUUCCGAUGGUACAAAGACUAGAGCAGCCAUGGAUCAUGUCCGAUCUAAAAUUGUGCGUACCAAAGAUUUGAUACGAAGUGAACAAACUGCAAGAGAUGAUAAUGUCAAUGAGUAUUUAAAAUUAGCAUCAAAUGCAGAUAAACAACAACUGGCUCGUAUUAAAUCAAUAUUUGAAAAAAAAAAUCAAAAAUCAGCCGUUGGUAUAUCACAAUUACAAAAAAAACUUGAAGGUUAUAAUAAACGAUUAAAAGACUUAGAAACACAUGGGCUUACAACAUCACAUCAUUUAAAACAACCAAAAGAGAUGUUAAGAGAUGUUGGACAUGGUCUAAGACAUGUUGGUGGUAAUAUAAGAGAUGGAAUUUCUGGUUUAUCUGGAUCAGUGAUGUCAAAACCACGAGAAUUUGCUCAUCUAAUACGUAAUAAGUUUGGUAGUGCUGACAAUAUCAAUUCAAUAUCAAGAUCAAGUGAAGCUGAUCUAACUGAAGAUAAUAGUGAUAAACAGAGUGGUCGUAACCAUCAUGGUAGUGCUACUUUGCCAGGUGGUGUUGGACUUCAUGCAUCAACUGCCGGCCCUGCUGCAUCACGUAGUGAAGAUGGUGCUUCAGAAUGCAGUUCUGUGACCAGUGAAUCAAUUCCUCCACGAACAGGUCCUGGGGCACCUCCACCUCCUGCAUCUGCAACUACUUCUUUGGAACCAGUUUGGGCUGAAUUAGAUCAUUUACGCUCAAAAAUGGAUCACAUAAAACAGUUAGUAUCCAAAGAUAUUGCAUCUUUAAACCAUUCCCUUCAAGAAGAACGCUUUCGUACUGAGCGGCUCGAAGAACAAAUAAAUGAUCUUACCGAGUUACAUCAGAAUGAAGUGGAAAAUCUUAAACAAACCAUCACAGAUAUGGAAGAAAAAGUGCAGUACCAGAGUGAAGAAAGACUUCGUGAUAUUCAUGAAAUGCUUGAAGCAUGUCAAACAAAAAUGUCAAAAAUGGAACAUCAACAAGCACAGCACCAACAAUAUGUCACGUUAGAGGGAUUGGACAAUUCUAAUGCUCGUGCGUUAGUGGUCAAAUUAAUAAACGUGUUACUCACUGUGCUCCAAGUAGUGUUACUCCUAGUUGCCACAUUUGCUGGCAUUCUGAUGCCAUUUUUAAGAACACGUUUAAGAAUUAUUACCACAACUGCUGUUGUUGCUGGGUUAUUCAUUGCAGUAAAACAAUGGCCAGAUAGUGUCAGCCUGAGUGAUUACCUCAUUAAACAUGGCAAACAAGCCUUGUUAUCCGUUAAAUAGUUUCCUUUUUAUUUUUUUCACAAUAAUAUAUACAUCUAUGUAAACUGAUGUGAUAAUUUUUUUUCAAUCUAAGGCCAAUUACCAUGACAAUUUAUAAAAUAAUAUUGUGACAGUAUUAGAGAGAAAAACAAUAAUGAGCAUAUCAUCUUUACAUUGUAAUAUUAUUCUUUAUAAACUAAUAGACAAUACAAAUAGUAUUUAACUUACUCUAUCCUUCUCAACUUGCCAUGACUAUUGUUGUUAUUAAAACCAUAUUUUAAAUUAAUUUAAUUGUUUUUUUUUUUAUGUAUAAAAUAUAUUAUUUUACUUGUUUUAUAAUUGAUUGGAUAUGAGGGUUCAAUGACACCCAUGGUGAUAGUGAAGACAACGAAAUGGUAGCACUGAAAUUUAUUAUAAGUCAUAAUGAUAAUUUUUUAUUAUAGCAUAUUUUUUUAUUUACUUUUAUAUCUAUUAUGUGUAAUAUUAUUUUGCUUGAUCCUCCUCCCUUUCCCCACGAAUUGAUGUAGUUUAGGAAGUCUUGUGAUUUGUAUUAUUAUUGAUAUUUGUGUACAUAAAAUAAAUCAUGUAUAAUAAUUAUAUAUUUCAUAUUAUAUAGAAUAUCUUUGCCUUUUGCAAUCUAAAUUUUAGUCAUUUUUAUUGUGUAACAUAUAGUAUUACAGCUAAUUAGUAAGUUAUAAUCUAUACAUUUUUUUCAAUAUUCUUCAUACUUAAUAUUGAAAUAUUUAUGUAUAUGCUAUAAAUAUUUAAGUACUCACUACUUCGCUGUGUUUAAUUUAAAGUCAUGAUUUAACUUUAUAAUAUGUUAUAAUUUAAUAGGCCAUUUUUAAAAAUUUGUUUAUAUGUUUUUAUUUAAAAAUUUAAUUUAUUUUUUGUGUAUUUAAAAUACAACCAUAUUCUUUUAUGUCUAUAGCCCAGCUUACAUCAUAAGUUUAAAAAUUAUAGUUUUAUAUAAGUAUACAAUCUUCUAGACUUAUGUACAGUAGAGUCUUGACGAUCCAAUACAUAUGGGGACCAUUAAUACUGCCAGAUCAUCGUACAAAUAUAAAAUUUAAUUAAUUAAUUUUCAUUAGAAUUGAAAAUUUAACUGGUAAAAAUACCAAUAAUACUAUCAGCAGAUUAAAUUCCAUCAACUAAUUUACAAACGAUUCGUUAAAUAUAAUAUUGAAGCUGGCAGUCUUCACAAAUGCCGGAUUACUGGCUUUUGAUGAAGGCAUGAUCAUGAUUCUACUGUAUUUUACCUUUCAUUAGAAUUAGUAAAAAUGUCUAUUAUUGCUUCAAUAUUUUUUUUUAUACAAAUUGUAGUAUGGAUAGUAUAGGUAUACUUAAUAUGAUUCAAUUUAUUUUUGAAUUUCAAAUGAUUGAAAAAUAUUGGUUUUAUUAUUCCAUGCAAUGUGUUUUGUGAGUAUUUCUAAAAAUUCAACUGCAUUUGUACAAAUCAUAUCGCACAUUUAAAGUUACCCUAUAAUAUUGUAUUAUUUACUUGUUCUGUAUUUUUUGCUCAUUUAUCAUGUUAUCCCCGUCCAAUGCUUCUGUAAGUCUGAGAUAGUAUGUUUAGAUUUGAGAUGGCAACAUUAAUUUCUAUACUUCUGAAUAUAACAUCUAGUGUUCUGUAUUGACUUGAAAUUUAUUCAUUGUUGGCAAGUUCCUGUAUUUUUUUUUUUUUAAGUUAAAUUAUUGACUUUCUGAGUUAACAUUAAUAUUAUGUAAUAUAAAUGUGAUAUUACCUAAUGAAAAUUCAUUGUUAAAUCCAUUUAAUAUUUUUGGUUCAAUUUUCAAUGUUAAUUUUAUAUGUUCAUUAUAAGUAUGUAAAUCAAUGUUACUUGAAAUUAUUACUAAACGAUCUGAUUACUAAAUUGUCUAACUGAUGUAUAUAUUAAACAUUUUCAGUUUGAGAA